UAUUGUGCCUGGCGCGUGAGGUGCUGGUGCACUCAGGCCUGGAGAGUCCAAACUCCCAGCGGCAGCCGAGAGGAAGCGGAGGAGAUGGCGUCCCAGCCGCCGCCUCCCCCGAAGCCCUGGGAGAUCCGCCGAAUUCCAGGGGCCGGGCCGGGCCCAGGACCCGGCCCCAAUUUCCAAUCUGCUGAUUUGGGUCCUACGUUAUUGACAAGACCUGGACAACCAACACUCACCAGAGUGCCCCCACCUAUUCUUCCAAGGCCAUCACAGCAGACAGGAAGUAGCAAUGUGAACACUUUCAGACCUGCUUACAGCUCAUUUUCUUCAGGAUAUGGUGCCUAUGGAAAUUCGUUUUAUGGAAGCUAUAGCCCUUAUAGUUAUGGAUAUAAUGGGUUAAGCUAUAACCGCCUCCGUGUAGAUGAUCUUCCACCUAGUAGAUUUGUUCAGCAAGCUGAAGAAAGCAGCAGAGGUGCAUUUCAGUCCAUUGAGAGUAUUGUGCAUGCAUUUGCCUCUGUCAGUAUGAUGAUGGAUGCUACCUUUUCAGCUGUCUAUAACAGUUUUAGGGCUGUAUUGGAUGUAGUGAAUCAUUUUUCCCGAUUAAAAAUACACUUCACAAAGGUUUUUUCAGUUUUUGCAUUAGUGAGGACUAUAAGGUAUCUUUACAGACGGUUACAGUGGAUGAUAGGUUUAAGAAGAGGCUCUGAGAAUGAGGACCUGUGGGCAGAAAGUGAAGGAACUGUGGCUUGCCUUGGUGCCGAGGACAGAGCAGCUAACUCAGCAAAAUCUUGGCCAAUAUUCUUGUUCUUUGCUGUUAUCCUUGGUGGUCCUUAUUACCUCAUCUGGAAACUGCUAUCUACUCACAGUGAUGAAAUAACAGAUAACACGAAUUGGGCAAGUGGUGAGGAUGACCAUGUAGUUGCUAGAGCGGAAUAUGAUUUUGUUGCUGUAUCUGAAGAAGAAAUUUCUUUCCGUGCUGGUGAUAUGCUAAACUUAGCUCUCAAAGAACAGCAACCCAAGGUGCGUGGUUGGCUUCUGGCUAGUCUUGAUGGUCAAACAACAGGACUUAUACCUGCUAAUUAUGUCAAAAUUCUUGGUAAAAGAAGAGGUAGAAAAACAGUGGAAUCCAGUAAAAUUUCCACGCAGCAACAAAAUUUGACCAACACAACAUUAAUUAAAGGAGCCACAGCUGCUGAUUCUUUGGAUGAACAGGAAGCUGCUUUUGAAUCUGUGUUUGUUGAAACUAGUAAGGUUCCAGUUGCACCUGAUUCCACUGGGAAAAGUGGGGAUAAACAAGAUCUUUGAUGUCUUUCAUAUUUGCCUGCAGUUGAACUGUACUUUAGAGUACUUUUUAAAAAUUACUUCUUAUAAAGAAAUUAUUCUACAAUCCAAUGAACACAUUUAUUAAUGGCUAUUCCAAGUGUUUUGCCACUAGCAGUUAUUAAAGUUGUACCACUAGUAUGUUGGUGUAGUGACCUGGUUAUGUUUUACAAGUUAUUGGACCAUAAGGAUGUUUGUUUCACCUGGAUUUUAAGAUUAUGGGGACUGCUAUUAUUUUCAUCUUAUUUAAAACCCUGUGUUUAUUGAAGGAGUAAGAUUGAUGAAAUAUAUAGAGUUAACUGUUGCUGCAGUAGGGAUCACUAAUGCUUUUUAAAAUUAUAGAUUGUUUUGGAAUCCUCAAAAUCUAGUGAUAACGAGAACAGGCAAAAAGGCUAAUUUUUUUACAACUUUAAUUAAAUUGCAUAAUAAAAAUUUUCUGAUCUGCAUUA